AUGGAGUUCGCUUCUGGGCCAUUGUUUGAGGAUAUGGGUCGAGUAAUCACAUCUGAUGGAGAAGCACAAGAGAAAGCCACAAAGGACUUGUUUGAGAAGCUGACAGUUUUGGAAGAGGGAAUAAAGGAAUUCUUUCCAGGGGGCACUCCUUCCAUUAAUGGUGAAAUUUUGGGACUCCUGGACAUUCUAAUGUGUGCAUUAUUUGGUCCGUACAAAGCUCAUGAAGAAGUCCUGGGAAUGAAGAUGAUCGACCCAGAAAGGAACCCACUGUUAUUCUCAUGGGUGAUGGCUAUAACGGAGCUACCUGUGGUGAAGGAGUCAACCCCUCCUCAUGAGAACCUCGUGGCCCUUGUUCAGUUUAUCAGACAGAAUGCUCUUCAGUCCUGUGUGGCUUGACCACCUAAU